CUACCUACAGACGUUGAUGCCCGCUCUAGCAAUCCCACAGCGCGCUCAGGUCCGACCAGCGGCAGAAUGCAUCACGGCGUCGGCAAAACCGCUGCCUGCUGAGAUAUAAACGCCAUGGCUAUCCUGCCAGGGGCUAUCGCGCCUUGGAAGAUCUUAAUCUGAACUCCGGAUACCGGUCUAAACACAUCAUUCACUCGCACACCCAUCCUACACUCUCGUCACAAUGGGCUCUCUCGGUUAUGAAGAAGUUGAGUACGUCCACUAUCAUGCCGGCGGUAAGCGAGGCUCUCGUCCUGUUCUUCGAGGAGCGGCGGCGAAGAAGACGUUCGAGUCCAUCCCUGUGAUCGACAUCUCGGGCAUAUUCUCAGACUCUCUCGAAGACCGCAAGAAGGUCGCGAAUGAGGUGGGCCAGGCGUGUCGGGAGGUUGGCUUCUUUUACGCCGAGAAUCACAACAUUCCGGAUGAGGUCAUUGAUCAGACAUUCGCCGCCGUCAAGAGGUUCUUUGAACUGUCGCACGAGGAGAAGACGGAGGUGCACAUCCACAAAUCCAAGGCCCUCCGCGGCUACGAGCCACUGUUCGAGACCAAGAUGGAGGGCGCCGGCAAGGGAGACAUGAAGGAGGCCUUCACCAUGGGCGAUGAUGCCACCGAACCCGAGUCGCAAGCACCCAACCGCGGCAUCUCGACAGGAAUCGAGCGCAGCAACUGCUGGCCCUCAGCAUACCCCGAGUUCCGACCCAUUAUGUACCAGUAUUUUCGCUCGGUCAUGGCCCUCUCCAAGAAGCUGAUGCAAGUCUUCGCCCUGGCGCUCGACCUGCCCGAGAGCUACUUUGAUGCCGCCACAUCAUAUCCCAUGGGUGGCGUGCGCAUCCUGCACUAUCCUCCCCAGCCUGUGCCUGGCGGCACCGACAUUGGUCUCGGGGCGCAUACCGACUAUGACUUCUUCACACUCGUCCUCCAGGAAUCGGUCGAGGCACUGCAGGUCCUCAACGCCAACGGUAUCUGGAUUGACGCGCCGCCGCGCCCGCGCAGCUACGUAGUCAACAUUGGCGACUUCCUCAGCCGCAUCACCAACGACAAGUUCAAGUCAACGGUGCAUCGCGUGGUCAACAAAAGCGGGAAGGAGCGUUACUCGAUGCCCUUCUUCUUCAGUCCCAACCGUGAGGCCACUCUCGCCACCGUGCCCACCUGCGUCGAGGAGGGCAGCAAGUACGAGGAGGUCAACGCUGGCGAGUACUUCCGUGAGCGCCUCAUUGCCGCCCGGUACCAGCAUCCCGCCGCAAAGGAGGCCCGCGCCAUGCAGGUCGCCGCCAUGGCGUGAAAGUUCUUCCUCUCUCUGUACCUCGCAUUUUCUGAAAUGGAAUGUAACAAAAAAUGGAAAUUAGCUAGGUACCAUCUGUC